AUGACAAGGAUGAUAUCUCAAGCUUUUGAAGAAGGCAGCAAAAAGAGUGGUGUCCUGGUAAGCAAGACCAGUGGGAUGCAUGGCACUAAGCUGAGAAUGUGGCUGGGGCUCGCAGUUCUGAUUUCUCUUGCUGUGAGUUUGGCUGUGGAGGAAACAGCUGAUGGAGGAAUACCUUGUUCAAAGUACCAGCAAGCUUUCAACUAUUCAUGCUAUGAGUUUGUUAGACUCCAGCAAACCUUCACAGGUGCCCAGAGCUGGUGUGAGAGAGGAGGAGGGCAUCUUGUCUUUAUUCACAAUGAGGAAACUCAAGAGUUCUUGCAAAAACAUAUUGCUGAGGAUCAGGAAUGGUGGAUAGGACUGAUCUCAAACUCCUUGCUGAAUGAAACUACUGAUGGGUCAAUAACUUGGCUGGACACUUCAAAUAUAAUCUACAGUAACUGGUACAAGGAUCAGCCAUCUCCCUUCUCAUCCACAUGUGGGUACAUCCUGAAGAAUGCCCAGUAUCAGUGGGGUGUGACUGAAAAUUGCAGCCAGGAAUUUGACUUCAUUUGUGAGUUUGAAUCUGGCCAGAGCAUCGCUUGUGAUAAUUACAAUGCCACUGUACAGUGUGGAUCAGGAGAGGUGAUUCAAAUUGAAGAGAGCUUCUAUGGGCGGAAGACCCCUCACUACUGUGUGUCAGAAACUCCUCUGCAGUUUGAAAGAGAUGAAGGCUGCAGCUGGAUCAGUGUCAAGGAUGAAGUAGCAGGCCAGUGUCGCGGGCUGCAGGCCUGCCAGGUGGCAGCAGAUGGCACUUUCUUUGGAGAUCCUUGUCCAGCUUUGGGAAGCUAUUUGUCUAUUCAAUACCACUGCAAGGAAGGUCUGCAACUGGUUAUGACAGACACAUGUUUUGUCUUUGAAAACAUCACAGUCACUUUGACCUGGCUGCUCUCACCAUACUCUGGGAACCUUUCCUGUACCAUUAGCACCGGAGAUGGUCACACCAUUGAUCCUUACUACCCUCUUACACUGGUCAGCAACCUCACAUACAGGUACUCCUCUCCUGGGGAGUUUACUGUUUUUGUGGAGUGCACCACCAGCGAGUGGCACGUGCUGGCACAGAGGCAGGUGACAGUUCAAGACCAGGUGGAUCAGCUCAGCAUUACUGGGUGCUACAGCCAGUAUGAAACAGGGAAUAGCUCCCGCUGCCGUACGCUCUAUGGGGAGGUGUUGUGGAUCCAAGUUCAGCUCAGUGGAGGCAAUGAAGUAACCUACAGUAUGUUAGCAGGUAACAUGACACUGAGUGAAUCCAGUGCAAAGGAAGGUCUUGUCUCCCAUAACCUGACACUCAGCAGUGCCUCUCAAGAGCUGAUAGGCCCAGGGAUGCAUCAGCUGGAAAUCCGAGCAUCCAGGACCACGAUGGCAUCAGAGAUCUCUGGGACUAUUGCUGUUCAUUUAAUUGAGCCAGUAUCUGGAAUUCAGGCUGCAGUAGCUUCCCACACUCUGCAGCUGGGGGAGGAUUUGGAGGUGAAUGUCUCUGUGUCCCAUGGUGCCCCAGAGAAGCUGAUGUUUGAGGUGAUUGGAUCCAACCAAACCCAGUGGCACAAAGCAGACGGCCCUCGUGGGGAGCCGCGGACGUACGGCGUUCCCCUGCCCCGGGAAGUGUUAACAGAAAAGAAGGAAGUUUUCUUUACAAAUUGGAUAUUAUACCUCAAACCUGUUGGACUGGGCCCACUGCUACUCUUAACUGGUCCUUUGCCUUUUCUAGGUACUUUUCUAGUGAAAGUGGUGGCCAUGAAUGACUUUUCAAACAUGAGUCUGGAUCUUGGAUUCAUCACUGUCUUGGCAAACAGCUCCCAUAUAAAAGAUUCUGAUAAGGAAGAAGGCAGCUACAAAACAAAUACCCGAAAGAAAAAUGAUCACAAAAUAUAUAUUAAACCGAGUCGCCAUGUGGAUCCUUUCACAACUGUUACACUUGGCUGGCCAGACAACAACAAUAAUUCCAGUUUCCUCUGGACCUGUGGAGCUUGCUGGCCUGCCUGGAAUGAAUGUGUGAAACAACAGAUAAUCCUAAUCAACCAAAGUGAGGUGCAAAUCCCACCUUCCUGCCUUCCUCCUCCAAAAUCAGCAGUGACUGUCAGGAUUACCAUCCAAAACCAUGGCAGCGAAGAGAGGCGGGACGAGCAAUGUCUCUAUGUGACUGCAAAACAAGAACUGCAACUGGAAAUCAGGUGUGAGGCAAACUGCAAGCCAGUGAAUGUUAGUGAUGAAGUUGUUUUGAGUGUCUCUGAACAGGAGGACUCCCAAGCCAUAUAUUAUAACUGGUAUUUAGAUAACACAUUCCAAAACAAGGUGAGAGCACCAGAUUGGUCAGAAAUACUACCAAAACAAGGGGGUGCCUGGAUUGGGAGGGGUUAUAAUGGAGGGCAUCAAACUGCUACCCUGUUCCUGAUAAAUCACAACAGAAAGAACAGCAAAGAGCCUCUACUGCCAUGUGUUCUUUUCUGUCUGAUUUUCCAGUCUGCAGCCCUCCCUCUAGCCUGUGGCCUGACUGGUUUCCAGCAGAACUCUUUGAAUUUGCUUCAAAGCAACUCAUCCGUGUUGAGAAUGAGCAGCUCCUUCUUGCAGACACAGGGAGACGCUUUUCAGAUUAAAGUAACAGGCACGACUCAGCGGCGGUACGGGGAGCGCGGGUUCCUGGUGAGCACUGUGCCCCCGCCCGAAGCCCCCGACUGCGCCGUCAGUCCCGGGCGCGGCUCCGCGCUCACCGCCUUCAGACUCUCCUGCAGCGCUCCCGGAGGGUCGGGCCGGGCCAGUCCCGGCGGGCAGCUCACAUAUUGCUUCUAUGUGGCACCAGAGCAGGAGGUGUCUCUGUGGUGUCUGCUCCCUGACCCCUUCUUUCCCGUUCCAGAUUCUCUCCUGGAUUGUAGCCCGGAUCCUGAACUCUUCCCAGUUUAUCUUCCACUUGGAGAAGAGGAAAAUAAUUUCAUUUUACAUGUGACAGUUAUUGUUAGCAACAACGUCGGUGAUACAGUUCAAACAAACACUUCAGUGAAGGUUGGACCUGCAGAUAUGAUGGAUGGGAACCUGACCCUGCAGGCUGUGGUAUCUGAGAAGGCAAACUCCAUCCUAAAAGAUGGGAACAACAGCAUGAGUCUCUUCCAGCUCUACAAGUCAGUGACAUCUGUCCUGAAUCAGCAGAUCCAAGAGGAAAGCUUUAACAUGUCUUUACCGACAAACACACGAAAAGAGGUCAGCAAAACACUUGCUUUCUUGCACAUUACUUUCACAGUCCUAAUUAGCAUCUUGUUCCUUUGCCUAAUUAUCCCUUUUCAUCCCCAGCUCCGAGGGCUGAUGCUGACAACUCUCUCUGUUGUUAACGUAACAUCAAUGCAGACUGCUCUGAAGAUGUCAGAGGUACUGAAAGAAAUCACUUACAGGAGUGAAGAGCUGUCUGUCUCAGCACAGGUAAGAAGCAAGUCAUAUCUCCUCACACUAAUAGUUGAGACUCUAAUUAUCCCACUGACCUUGGAAGAGUUUCAGUGCCUUAUAAUUAUCUGUUCUUACCCAUUUUUUCAACUGUACCAGUAUGUGUAUUUUGACCAGCAGUAUUUUGACUCUGUGGAAGCCAGCAGCACUCUGAAACAUGUCAGUGCCUCUUUGCUUGCUGUAAACACAGAGCACAGCAGAGAUGGUCAGGAGUUAAAGGAAGCAGCCAGCUAUCUGUUUAAUGCAGUGAGCAGUGUUCUUAAAGCUUCUGUAGAAAUCAGAGCUGGGAACACUUCAGUGCCAGAGACAAAACAGAGUUCAGUGUCACACCAGCUCCUGAGUACAGUUGAAAAUCUCCAGAGUGCACUUCUGUUUGGGAAGGCACCAGGUGAUGAGCCAACAGUCCUCACCUCUCCCUCUGCAACAAUGUACAUGCACAGAUUACAAACAGAAAACAUGGAUAGCACAUCCAUAAACAUCUCCAAUUCCAGCUCUGCCAGCUUUACUCUCCCACCUGCUUCCUCUCUCAAUGUUUCAGGAGUUGAUGGUGAAACAAUGGAUAUAAGGAUGGUGAGCUUUGCCAUGAAUCCCUUUUUCUCCAGUGACAGCAGUUUUGACAUCAGUGGAACAGUGGGAGGUCUGAGUCUAACUGGUGUGGAUGGUUUGAUCAUACCAGUCAGCAACCUCAAAGAGAACAUUGAGGUAAAUCCACUAUUUCCUAACUCUCGCCCUCUUUUCCCAAUCAUGUUACCAAGGCUUUCAGCAAUUCAGGAAGAUAAGAUUCUGUUGAAUCUGGGCAAUUAUAGUACUUUUCAAGUCAAUGAUACCUCAGAAAACACAUCUAUAGUGAUCCACCUGGAAUCUGAACACGACAUUCCACUAAUACUUUACUUGGGGUAUGGUUAUCACCCAAAUGAAACCAACUAUGACAUGAAAAAUCGUCUGUUCUAUAAGAAAACUUCUGGAGAUGAAAAUAUUUAUGUUCAAGGUGAGAUGAACAGCUGGGUUCUCAGCCCAGAAGAACUCAUUUUUGGAGAGGGAACCUACUAUUUAAUGGUGUUACAAGAUAUGGGAAUGGAUUCAACAGUCUAUGAGGGGCUAACCAUAAAUGCCACUUGCUUUGCAUCCCGCUGUGUAUUUUGGGAUGAGCAGCAGGGAGGCUGGAACAGCUAUGGAUGUCAUGUAGGACCAAAAACAAAUCCUAGCAGCACACAGUGCCUCUGCAACCAUCUGACCUUCUUUGGGAGCUCGUUCUUUGUCAUACCCAAUGCCAUAGAUGUCAGCAAAACAGCACAGCUGUUUGGUACAUUCGUGGAAAAUCCUGUGGUGGUGACAACUGUAGGAUGUAUUUUUCUGAUAUAUGUGCUUGUAGUUAUUUGGGCUCGAAGGAAAGACAUCCAGGAUGAUGCUAAAGUGAAAAUCACAGUCCUGGAAGACAAUGACCCCUUUGCUCAGUACCGUUACCUUGUGACCGUUUUCACAGGACACCGCCGUGGCGCAGCCACAACCUCCAAGGUGACUCUCACCGUCUAUGGGCUGGAUGGAGAGAGUGAGCCUCACCAUCUAAAUGAUCCUGAUACACCAGUCUUUGAACGUGGAGGAGUGGAUGUUUUCCUCCUCUGUACCUUCUUCCCUCUUGGGGAGCUGCAGAGUAUUAGAUUGUGGCAUGAUAAUUCAGGGGACAGUCCAUCCUGGUAUGUGAAUCGAGUAUUAGUCCAUGACCUGGCAUGGGAUCAGAAAUGGUACUUCCUCUGUAACUCUUGGCUAGCCAUUGAUAUUGGAGAAUGUGUCCUAGAUAAAGUGUUCCCAGUAGCAACAGAAAAGGACAUGAAGCAGUUCAGCAAUCUGUUUUUCAUGGAGACCUCCAAGGGUUUCCAGGAUGGGCACAUCUGGUACUCGGUUUUCAGCCGCUCCCCACGAAGUUCCUUCACGCGAGCCCAGCGCGUGUCCUGCUGCUUCUCACUGCUCCUCUGCACCAUGCUGACCAGCAUCAUGUUCUGGGGUGUGCCAAAGGAUCCUGCUGAGCAGAAAAUGGAUUUGGGUAAGAUCGAGUUCACAUGGCAGGAAGUGAUGAUUGGCUUUGAGAGCUCCCUCCUCAUGUUCCCCAUCAACCUGCUCAUUGUGCAGAUCUUCAGGAACGUUCGACCCCGGCCAGCCCAGCAGGGCAGAGAGAAGAAGCCGGGAAAGAAUGGCCGAGUGUCUCCAAGCCUGCUUCCGACCCCAGGGGCCACCCAAGCUGCCUCUCUCACUCCAGAGGCUGUGACAAAGGGUAUAAGAAGAAUUGCCAACUCACUCUUUAAAGCCCUGAAGACUCCAUCUCUCACCUCAGCACUGGACCUUGAAAAAUCAGCUAAUAUCAACACACUCCUGUCAUUGGUGGAGGAUGUCAUCUGUCAGCAGAACAGAGCUGGGCAAGGGUUUUAUGAUGAGAUCAAGAAGGAUGGCCCCACAAUUGUCACAUUGGGUGCUAUGGAUAUCCAAGAAAAAACAAGAAACUUAACUCCAGAGAAGAGAAUUUGUGACCAGCUGAAAUACAAUGAUUACCAUCGCUGCUUGUACAUGCAACUCCAGCAUGUAGAGAUGGAGCUGGAAUUACUGGGCCCCCAUAAAUUUCAGAUGCCUCAGAGUUACACACAAGCUGUUUGUCAGGUUCAGCAUAUGAAGAACCUCCUGGAGAACCAAAUCUGCUCAUCAGCAUCCAUCAGUGAGGGGUGGUCUCAUAGUCCGAAUUUGUCCAAUGAUGACAAGAAAAGUUCUUCUCCCAGAGGGCUGCCCUGGUGGUUUGUGUUCAUUGCUUGGUUCCUUGUGGCAGCCACCAGCAGUGUGUCAGGGUUCUUCACCAUGCUCUACGGACUCCAUUAUGGCAAGGAGAACUCCAUCAAGUGGCUCAUCUCCAUGGUCAUCUCCUUCUUGGAAAGUCUCUUCAUCACACAACCCUUAAAGGUGCUGGGAUUUGCUGCUUUUUUUGCUCUGGUUCUGAAGAAGGUGGAACAUGAGGAUGAAGAAAACACAGCUAUUGACGGGCCUUUAUCUGCAGCAGGUAACUGCCUGCAAAGUGAUUCACACCCUCUCUUCGGGGUCCGAAGGGACAGUAGAAGCAAUAUUUACCGGCCACCUCCUGCUGCUGAUGUGGAGAAAAUGAAAAUCAGCUACAUGAAGGAGCAGAAAGCAUUUGCCCUCAUUAGAGAAAUCCUGGCCUAUCUGGGGUUUUUAUGGAUGCUGUUACUGGUUGCCUAUGGGCAGAGGGAUCCCAAUUCCUACUAUUUAAACAAACACAUUGAGGACAGCUUUACAGAUGGAUUCCACGAUGUCUACAGUUACCAGGAUUUUUUCACAUGGGCGAACACUACUUUACUCAAAAAUCUUUAUGGAUCUUAUAAAGGAUUCAUUACAGAUGGCAAUUCCAAGCUGGUGGGAAGUGCUCGAAUUCGCCAAGUAAGAGUGAAAGGAGACACCUGCCCUAUUUCUCCCAGACUCCACCACAUAGUUGAGGAGUGCCACGCUCCAUACUCCCUACAAACAGAAGAUACCUCAGUUUAUGGGGAGCACUGGAAUACCUCAGCCCUUGAUAACUCCUCUGACUUGAGCUCAGCAUGGCAGUAUCAGAGUCAGUCCAAACUGAGAGGACACCCCAGCUGGGGUAAACUUGCCAUCUACAGCGGAGGGGGAUAUGUGGUUCACCUGGGAACUGACCCUAAAAAUGCCUCCAGAAUUCUCCAGUACCUUUUCAACAAUGUCUGGCUUGACACCUUCACAAGAGCAGUGUUUGUUGAAUUCACAGUCUACAAUGCCAAUGUGAACCUGUUCUGCAUUAUAAGCCUGAUGUUUGAAAGCAAUGCUUUAGGAGCCUUCUUCACAAGUGCAGAGCUGCAAAGUGUCCGGCUCUACCCCUACACCAACAGCCUGCACAUCUUUGUGGUUGCAGCAGAAGUCAUUUAUUUCCUCUUCAUUGUGUACUACAUGAUAGUACAGGGAAAGCUGCUGAAGAGUCUGAGAUGGAGGUACUUCCAUAGCAAGUGGAAUCUCCUGGAGAUGGCCAUUAUAUUGAUUAGCUGGAGUGCUCUGUCAGUGUUUGUGAAACGGACGGUCCUUGGGACACGGGACAUCAGCUACUACCAGGAACAUAAGGAGAACUCCAUAAGCUUCAGUGAAACAGCAAGAGCUGAUGCAGUUCUUGGCUACCUGAUUGCAUUCCUGGUGCUUCUCUCCACAGUGAAACUGUGGCAUUUGUUGAGGCUCAACCCUAAACUGAACAUGAUCACUUCAACACUAAGGAGGGCAUGGGGUGAUAUCUCUGGAUUCAUCAUUGUUAUUGCAAUCAUGUUUCUCGCCUAUUCCAUUGCUGCAAACCUGAUAUUUGGCUGGAAGCUCUACUCUUACAAAACUCUCCUUGAUUCGGCAGAGACCAUGGUCAGUCUUCAGCUGGGAAUCUUCAACUAUGAGGAGGUCUUGGACUACAAUCCAAUUUUAGGCUCCUUCUUAAUUGGAUCCUGCAUAAUUUUUAUGACAUUUGUGGUACUGAAUCUGUUCAUUUCGGUGAUUCUGGUUGCUUUUAGUGAGGAGCAGAAGCAUUACCAGGCUUCAGAAGAAGAGGAGAUUGUUGAUCUAAUGCUAAUGAAACUCUUCAGUUUCUUUGGGAUAAAAUGCAAGAAGGAAGAGAAGCCAGUUGCUGGUGAACAGCUGGAACAACCUGCCAGCGAGUGAAUGAAGGCCACCUAGAAAAGUCACUUCGCUUCUGGGCAAAGCAUUUACUUGUAUGCUAUCAGCUGCAGUGGUUAGAGUUAGGUUAGGCUAUAGGCUUAGGUUAUUACAGCUUCUGAUUAAAAUGGGUUUACUCAAGGGAAUGGCUGGAGCUGUGCCGGGGAGGUUUGUGUUGGGUAUUAGAAAAGGGUUCUUCACCCAGAGGGUGUUCGGGCACUGAACAGGCUCCGCAGGGAUGGGCACGGCCCCAAGCCCAAGAGAGCAUCUGUACAAUCCUCUCAGGCACGUGUGGGAUUGUUGGGGUGUCUCUGCAGGGCCAGGAGUCUGACUUCGAUUCUCGUGGGUCCCUUCCCAUGAUUCUGGGAAUACGACGCGGUGUUCACCCCUAAAGUGCUGCCGGCACGUUGUUGUGGAGUAACAGCUAAGAAAUAGCGGUAAUCCUAAGGCAAAACGUCCCACGUGCACUUGCUGUAGUCUU